GCUUGAUCUUAUUGUUCCAUGCGUAAUUAGUAAACAUGACUUGGGACUAAUGACUCUUUUGAUCUUUGGAAGAAGAAUGAAACGAAAGGCGAGCCCGAUCUAACUAACACAUAACCUGUAUAGGUUGGUAUAUAUGUCUACCCAGGUGCCGUAGGUCUCACCAUUUGGGAAAGGGGGGAGUAAGGAUAAAAAGGAAAGAAAAGGGGUAAACCGGAAAACAGAACACAGACGACAUGUCGCAACAACAAGCAGCUCGAGCAGGGCCGCCCUACGCAUCUGUAAUGGCAGGUGUCGGUGGAAGGCCUACGAUAAUACCCGAUGUCCCCAUCUCCGCCGUCUUCAUCGCCAUGUAUCUCGCCUUCGCUGCUACCAACAUGACCAUAUUCCAAAUAAACAGGCGGCGAGGACACAAGUUCAUCCCAUCUGCCGUUAUGUUUGGCUUUUGCAUGGCCCGCACCACCACGCUUGUACUACGAAUAGCCUGGGCUAACCGGCCGCAGAAUGUCAGCCUCGGUAUCGCCGCCAACAUUCUGGUUAAUGCUGGCAUUCUCCUCAUCUACAUCCUCAACCUCAUCUUCGCCCAGCGAAUCUUACGAGCAAAGCAACCCUCUGUCGGCUGGAAUAAGAUCCUCCGCCUCACUUACAGGGCCUUGUUCGUGAUCAUCUUCUGUGUUUUGGUCAUGGUCAUCACCACCAUCGUCUUAUCCUCCUAUACCUUGAAUACAAACACCCUGCGAAUAUACCGUGACAUCCAACUCACUGCUAUAACCUACCUUCUGGUUUUCACGGUUCUGCCCGUUAUCAUCGUGGCAAUUGCCUAUAUCCUCCCUCGCUCGCCUGCCGAGGAGACUUUUGGGCAAGGAUCCACGAAGACUAAAGCUAUCAUUGUCUUGGUAGUCUCCUGCCUUUGCAUACUCAAUGCUGGUUUCAAGGCAGGAACAGCUUGGUCGCCCCCACGAUUGGCCAACAACCCAGCAUGGUAUCAUGGCAAGGCCCCGUUCUACGUCUUCAACUUCGCCGUGGAAAUCGUCAUUCUGCUCAUCCUGACUUCGAGCAGAAUCGACAGGCGAUUCCACAUUCCGAACGGAAGCUCGCAGCCCGGUGACUACUCUAGCCUCAUCUCUAAGCAUGUUGAGUCAUCAUCAGAGAGUGCUAAAGAGAGCGGCACGGAAAAGACGGGGGGUAGUGAGGACACGUGGGUGAAUGGUGCAUAGUUUCUGAGUAAGGAAAAAUUGGAUAUAUGAUGAGCUCUAUAUGAUUACGAUACCUAAAAGUUGUACAUAUUUAGAUAAUGCCCUGAAACUUAGAUAUAAGGAUGGUCUCAAAAUAAGAUGGCCCCUAUUUCAAAUCUGAC